AUGGGCUCUCUCGGUAAUAAUGGGGUCCUCCCUCGAGAAGGCCUACCAUAUUUCACACCGGCCAAUAACGGCGGGGCAUCAACAUCGCCAACAAGCCCAGAAACACCCACUCUAUUCCGACCCCUCCAGAUUCGGCAAUUAACACUGAAAAACCGAAUCAUGGUCGCACCCAUGUGCAUGUACUCCUGCGAAUCCGACCCCUCCUCGCCCUCUGUCGGCGCAUUAACAGACUACCACAUCGCUCACCUCGGCCACCUCGCUCUCAAGGGCGUAGGCCUGGUUAUCAUCGAGGCAACAUCCGUGCAAGCCAAUGGUCGUAUUUCACCCCAUGAUUCAGGCCUUUGGCAGCAGGGCACAGAGUCGGAGCAAUUCAAGGGUCUGAAGCGCGUUGUGGACUUUGUUCAUAGCCAGGGUGCUAAGAUUGCGAUUCAGCUGGCUCAUGCGGGUCGUAAGGCGAGUACGAUGCCACCCUGGGUUGCUGCCGAGGCUGGUAAGCGCAGUCUUCGGGCAGAGGAGGCUGCAGGCGGAUGGCCGCAUGAUGUUGUCGGACCGUCUGGUGGUGAGGAACAGAUUUGGGCUCCUGGUGAUGCGUUCUGGGCUCCUCGCGAACUGAGUACCGCCGAGGUGGAAGAUGUAGUCAAGGCGUUUGCGCAAAGUGCCGAGUUGGCUGUCAAGGCUGGCAUUGACACGAUUGAAAUCCACGGCGCACAUGGGUAUCUUCUCAGUCAAUUCUUAAGCCCCGUGACCAACAAGCGCACCGACAAAUAUGGCGGGUCAUUCGAGAACCGAACGCGUCUCCUGCGUGAGGUUGCAGCUGCCAUCCGUGCUAUUAUUCCAGCGGAUAUGCCUCUAUUCCUCCGCAUCAGCGCGACGGAGUGGCUUGAUGGCAAAUUCGAGGGAUUCUGGGAUAUGGAGGAGUCGAUCAAACUUGCUAAGAUCCUUCCCGAUCUGGGAAUUGAUUUCCUUGAUGUUAGCUCCGGGGGAAAUCAUAAAAAUCAGACUAUUGAGCCUCACACCAACUACCAGAUUGAUCUUGCUGGUCGGAUCCGGAAAGAAAUUCGACAGGCUGGUCAGAAGACUUUGGUCGGGGCUGUGGGAUUGAUCACGGAGGCUAAGGCCGCGAGUCAACUUGUGCAGGGGUCUGAUUUGGAUGUGGAAGCGCAUACGGCGGAGUCAAUGGUGGCAGGCUCGAAUGCUCAAGCUGAUGCUGUUCUGUUGGCACGCCAGUUCCUCCGUCAGGCUGACUGGGUGUAUCACGCGGCAAGGACUCUUGGAGUUAAGAUUACUGUGCCUAAGCAGCUAGGUCGGGCUGUUUGA